GUCCAUCUGUAUCAACACAAAUGUCCGGUCAUACAUCCCCUCGUGUGCACUCAUCGACGUGUCUUCACAGUCCCGGGGGGAGUUACGAAGUUUGUCCGAACCCACCACCCCCCUCUGCCUCCUCUUUAAAGUGGUCUGCUCCGCAUGGCUGCCAUGUUGGAUGUACGCAUCGCUGCUGCAUCUGCUGGAGUUACCGAAUAAAAGUUGAGCGUUUACACGCGUGCAGACACACAGAAAGUCCUUCUCGCGGCAUUUGACCCGCAAACGCAGACGUUGGAGUUUCUGGUCCAAGGAGCCAAAGCCCGGAACACACCCGACCCGGCGCCUCGUUCUCCUCCGCCCCUCUAGCCGGGAGUCUGACUCCGCGGAGAUGAUCCGGUUGCAGGCCAUAGCAACCGGAGCCUGCAUGGAUUUUCUGUAAUUUCUCUCGUUUCCCGAGUCAGUUUUAUAAACUGCACUUCUUGUCGGGGGGUCGUGGGGCGCUAACUCAAAGAAUCCGGAGCCAUGAACAACCACCCGCAGCCCCGCAGGGCUACCAACGUCGGCUCCAUCCUCCUGACCCCGCAGGAGAACGAGUGCCUGUUCGGCUACCUCGGCAGGAAAUGCGCCACUCUGUGCUCGGCCGUGGUCCAGGUGUACGCCGCCGACCGCACCAGCUGCUGGGUGAAGCGGUGCUGCGGAGUGGCUUGCCUGGUGAAAGACAACCCGCAGAGGUCCUACUUCAUCCGAGUAUUUGACAUCAAGGAAGGGAAAACCAUGUUUGAGCAGGAAGUCUACCACAACUUCUCCAUCAGCAGCUGCAGGUCCUACUUCAUCUCUUUCACAGGAGACACCUGUCAGAUCGGCCUGAACUUCGCCAGCGAAGAGGAGGCCAAAAGAUUCAGAGCCGCCAUCAACGACCUGCUCAACCGACGACAGCGCAAGACCGAGAAGAAAGGUGACCCUAAAAAUGGUCCCACUCUGCACAUCGCCACGGUGGACAUCAAGAACCCGGAGAUCAACAGCGUUCGAUUCCACGGCCACCAGCAGCCGCCGUACCACCUCAACAACAUUCUGAGCCACAGCGGGCUCAACAGGAAGGACAGGAAGACCAAAGGCAAGAAGAAGAAGCUCACCAAGGCCGACAUCGGCACGCCCAGCAACUUCCAGCACAUCGGUCACGUGGGCUGGGAUCCAGACACAGGUUUUGAUCUGAACAACUUGGACCCCGAGCUGAAGAUGCUGUUUGACAUGUGCGGCAUCUCCGAGGCGCAGCUGAAGGACCGAGAGACGUCCAAGGUCAUCUACGACUUCAUCGAGAAGAAAGGCGGCGUAGAGGCCGUCAAGAACGAGCUGAGGAGGCAGGCACCCCCUCCACCUCCAUCUCGGGGCGGCGCUCCACCUCCACCACCACAAAACAAAAAUAAAGCGCCCCCUCUUCCUUCGCCCCCGGUUGAGAGAAGAAUCGGGACCCCGCCUCCCCCUCCUCCGUCCAGAGCCCCCACCUCAGCGCCGCCUCCUCCGCCUCCCUCCAGACCGGGAACUCUGGGUGCCCCGCCUCCUCCACCUCCGCUCACCAGGGGAGUACACCAACCCACUCCCCCACCCCACCACCAUCACCAGCCUCCUCCUCCACCCCCUCCUGCAUCUUCCUUACACUCUUCUGUCACCCCACAAGCCCCGCCCCCGCCACCUCCACCUCCACCACUGAGCCAGCAGUCUCCAGUUGGCGGCUGCGCCCCAGCGCCACCACCUCCUCCGCCUCCCCCUCCCGGCCCCCCUCCCCCUGCGGAGCUGGACAACAACUCUCCCCAUUCGCCGAGCCCCGGGGGGAAGUCGGCCCUGCUGGAGCAGAUCAGAGGCGGAGCUCAGUUGAAGAAGGUGGAGCCGAUCGAGCGAGCGCCGGCGACGGGCGUGAAAAGGGACGCUCUGCUGGACCAGAUCCGCCAGGGGAUCCAGCUCAAGACCGUGCCGGAUCACCCGGAGUCCGGACCGCCGGCGCCCGGCCCCACGGCGGGCAUCGUAGGCGCCCUCAUGGAAGUGAUGGACCAGAGGAGGGAAGCCAUCCAUUCCUCAGACGAAGACGAGGAUGACGACGAAGAUGAGGACUUCGAUGACGAUGAGGAAUGGGAGGACUAGUACAGAGCCCCCCCUCCCCCCAACCCUCUCACCCCCCACAAACUACCGCUGACACUAAGACACCCGCUAAAGAUCUACCAGCAUCCGACUGACAUCUUGAUGUAAACGUAUGAAUCUGGCUGCAUAUUUAUUUCUGCUUUUUGUUAACAAUAAUUAAUCCGUGCAAUACCUCAUCUGUUAGACUGUAAAACCAGUCACGCAUCCUCGUGGUCAGAGACUAGUUUCCUCCCGUGGUCCGAAAGCACUCAACUGCUUCGUCGGCUCCUCCGCACGGGACACCGGGGGUCUGAUCCCGUGUGUUUGUUUGUUUUGACUCGUCGUCAAAGGAGACGUGAACGACCAAACAGGCGGGAUCCUCUUUGUGUUUAAACACUAUUUAUUUUUCUUACCUUUGCGUUUCCUAAUGAAUUUUAGAUUUAGUCGUAUUAUUUUUCCAUAAAACCUCCUUUUGACCAAAAUGCGGCGGUCCUGUCGCCUAGCGUUGUUUUUCAUGGAUUUAAAGCUGUUUAUUUGCACAUAGUUUAUAUGAUAGUUGCGUUUUGUGUUUUUCAGGUGUGCGUUUUGUUGAGUAUUCGUGUUUCAGUUACAACUGACGAAGGGACACUUUUUUUAAUAUAAAUUUGAAGGUUUUCACAACAUGUAGGUCUUGAUUCCCUCUUUGGCUUCACACAAGAACACUACUACACACGUAAGCUGACACACACACUGUGGCAUUUGUGGAAUGAUGCAUUAUUUUUGUUAGUGUCUGGUUCAUUGUUCUUUUGUUGUGGCAUGAUUCCGUUAUUUUUCCACAUGAGGGGAAAACAUCAGUGGCACUCCGGUUGGUAUUUCAAAACUAAAUCACGUCAUGCAAAAGAACUAAGACAAAAAUA